AUGGGUAGAGGUAUUCGGGACAACAGCAUCAUUCAUUCACCUUCGUUUACCUUCCUUGUCGGUCCCAAGCAUACUAAGCUGACCAUCCAAUCCGCGCUCGCAGAGCAUGUUUCCAAACCGCUGCACAAUCUUAUGAACAACGGGCAUACCCGUGAAUCAAAACAUAGAAUCGCAAUCUUGGAAGAUGAAGACGUCGAGACCUUCGUUGCAUUUUGCGAAUAUGCAUACACGGGUGACUAUGCGGUCCCGCACCAACAAGGUCUGCGGGAAGAUGACAAGCUGAGGAUUGAGAUACCUCAGAGUCCGCUAAGCUGCAGGCACUCCUGGCGACAAAGUCAGCGCUCGGAGUCAUUUUCGUCAGCGCUCCCAACUGCCCCUUCGCCGCCUCCGGAAUCCGUGGACUCUACUGUCUUGACUAUCAAGCCUCAAAUCGAGGCUGAACCCGAGCCACCAAUUGUGGAAGAUUCAACCGCAGAGGAGGCUGCAGAGGCGGAAAAGCCGGUGGAUACCAUGGCAGAUAGUCCGCCGGGUGGAGAUCAAGAGGUUCCGGCCGAGGCGCAAGGUGCUGCGACUACUCCGAUUGAACUUGUACCUGAACCUGAAAGGCAAAAGGAACAGGAUGCUGAGCCUGCUCGACCUGAGCCCGAGGCAUCAGCUACCAACCUGACCGAGGCAGUUGAUUUCGACAGCCCGGUUCGAUCUCUCUCCACUAGAGGAAGGAAGAAAGCAAAGAGAGCCGCCUUGAAGAAACAACAGGAGCUGCAGAGCUUGUUUGUAGAGGAGCCUCCAGCCAACCCCACGCCACCUUCAACGCCUCCUCCAGAGCCAGCAAUGGAGUCCUCUGCCGAGGAUGCACCAGAGGACGUUAAUGUCGAUGAGAUGACCCUGGAGAAUCAGAAAGACGAAGCUAUUCCUGUGGAGGAAUAUCCCACAGAUGAUGCACCUGCUGAUUCGGGGGUCGACCAGGAGCCUGACGCUUCCGAGCCUGAGCCAGUGGCUCAAGAAUGGGGAAACGAAGCUGUAUCUCCUUCAGACCCCGUUACUUCUGUAGGAGAGCAAUCGGAGCAUUCCAUUGAGAAUGACCACGAUCAAGAGCAAGCCUCUGAACCCCCGAAGCCUAUUAUCGACAUGUCUUUUGCCAAGCAACCCACCUCGUCAUCUCACGCACCUGGCCUCAGCCUAUGGGAUGAAUUUGAAUCGCUCAGAUAUAACGAUGAUCGACAGGCUCUAACUCACACAACAACUGAGCCGCCCACGACGGAGGUCCCCUACCUCACUUUCCACGCGAAGGUCUACGUCUUUGCAACUCGCUACCUCAUUCCUGCCCUUGCGCAACUCUGCCUUCGCAAACUCCACCAAGACCUACUUCACAUUUCUUUCGGAGAAGAAGACCCCAUCGACCAGGAUUCCGACGCGAAUUUUUAUGACAGUUUGGCUGCACGUCAGGCUCCCAUGGUGCUUGAUCUCCUUCGUUACGCUUAUUUCAAGACUACCCGUCUAGAGCCAAUCUCUCCAACCUCUGCAACGCAAUUGCGUGAGAAUGAGCUGCGAAAGUUGGUGGUACAUUUCGCUGCUUGCAAAAUUAAGGAGCUGGCUCGCUACCAUCCUCCGGGACAGAGCGGCACCGCUACACCUGCGGUUCGACCCGUGGAUGCCAUCAUGCAGCGCGCUGAGCUUGCGAAGCCUCCGACUAGUUUGCGUGCCUUGCUGGACAUGACACCAGAGCUGGCCUCUGAUCUUGUAUAUCGCAUGAUGUGA